UCUGAUCUGAUCUGGGAACCAAUGGUCAAUGACUCAAUUAAGGAGUGUGGGAAUUUAUCUAGCGAAAUGGAUCGGAUGAUCGCUGAAAUGCAUCUUCGGAUCCCAAACCCAACUUCAUAAACCCUGAAAAUCUAUCUUAUUAGAUUAUAUAUACUCUAUGAUGUUCAAUCUUCUUCUUCUUACACUCUCAGUUUCGUCCUACUCAAUCCCCUCGGCUGUACGUCCUCCGAUUCCGAUCCUACCCAUCCCAACCUCCUCUCAACUCUCAUGGCAGCUCUCGGAGAUGUCUAUUUUCCUUCACUUCGGCAUAAACACCUUCACCGAUUCUGAAUGGGGAACCGGGAAAGCCGACCCAUCCAUCUUCAAUCCCUCCGCACUAGACGCCGCGCAGUGGGUCAGAGUAGCCAAAGAGAACGGAUUCGGUAGCGUAAUUCUCACGACCAAACACCACGAUGGUUUCUGCCUUUGGCCUUCCGACUAUACUGACUAUUCAGUUAAAACCAGUCCUUGGAAGGACGGUAAUGGUGACAUUGUGGCGGAAUUAGCGGCGGCAGCCAAGGACGCCGGUGUACAAAUGGGUCUUUAUCUUUCUCCUUGGGAUAGACACGAGCCUGAUUUUGGCAAGACCCUUGAGUAUAAUGAAUACUAUAUGGGUCAAAUGGCUGAGCUUCUAACAAGGUAUGGUGAAGUAACUUACGUGUUCUUGGAUGGUGCGAAAGGAGAUGAUAAGAAAAUGGAGUAUUUCUUUCAAAAUUGGUUUGCUCGAAUUCAUCAGCUGCAGCCCGGAGCAGUUAUCUUUUCUGAUUCCGGCCCGGAUGUGCGGUGGGUAGGAAAUGAAUAUGGUGUCGCUGGCACUACUUGUUGGUCGACAUUCAACACCACCGCGGUUAUGAUUGGCGGCGACAAUGAUCCCAAAUACGCGGAAGGAGGAGAUGCUUUUGGUCUGGACUGGGUGCCGGCCGAGUGCGAUGUUUCCAUCAGACCCGGUUGGUUCUGGCAUAAACAUGAGUCUCCAAAGACUGCCGAGACUCUUCUUGAUUUAUAUUAUGAAUCAGUUGGAAGAAACUGUCAUUUUUUGCUAAAUAUACCUCCUAAUAAAUCAGGACUAAUAUCAGAUGAAGAUAUAACAGUCCUUCAAGAAUUCACCCAACUUAGAAAAUCCAUCUUCUCUAAUAACCUAGCCAAGAACGCAGCCAUCUCCUCUAGCAGUACAAGAGGAGGAAAAGGAGGUUCAGGCUCAGCCUCUCGGUUUAGCCCCGAGAGUGCGUUGUUGGAAGAAAUUUCCACUUAUUGGGCUCCAGAAGAAAAACAACACGAAUGGGUUCUGUUCUUGGAUUUUCAGGAGGAAGUGACUUUCAAUGUAUUGCAAGUUAAAGAACCGAUUCAAAUGGGUCAGCGUGUUUAUGGGUUCCAUCUCGAUUCCUUGGACAAGAAUGGUCAAUGGAAACAAGUUACCUAUGGAACAACAGUUGGUUACCAGAGACUAUUGAGAUUCCCACUAACAAAAGCAACUAGUCUGAGGCUUGUUGUCACAAGUUCUCGCGCAGAUCCCCUGAUUUCAUACUUGGGAAUCUAUUUCGAUAAAGUGUGGUCUGCAAAAUCUGGAAAGAGCUCGUCACCACCACACUUCAAUGGCAGCCACAUUCUUCAUCAAACUGUAUACAACCAUAGUACACUAGUUGCUUCAGUUUAGUUCUCGAAUCAAAUUAUUGUACAUUAGAGAUUCAGAUGUCAAAAAGCAUACACACUCUUAAGUUUGAUUCAUAUGGCCACGAGUUGUUCCUGAAAUGUUUAUUACCUCCAAUGCUUUGUAGGUGGAAACUCAUUUUGCUUCA